AUGAGAAUAUUCACCGCCAUAUCACAGAAGUUGGUUUGCCGGUCAGCGGAAGAAGAAAGUCGAACACUCGUGCACGCCGCAGAAGGGGCCGAUGAGACACAUGGGCAAUACCUGGAUGACUGCCGAGUGGGAAUAGAGUCAAAGUUGGUCCUGAGUGAAGAGGGCAAGCAGGCGCAGAAGCAGAUGUGGACUGAAUAUCUGAAGGCGUGCUUCAAGGUGGCAACACGGGGCCUAGGCAGCAGUGCAUUUGACUUCGAAAAGAUAUCGGAUCAAGUCGAUUUCAACCGGUACCACAGCCGGCGAGACUCCUCGCUGAGUCUGACGGACUUGUUUGCUUACAACCUCGCCUGGGUAAAGCAAACGUCCGAUGAAGCCAUAGAAGCUGUAGAAGGUGGACUGGUCCCAAAAUCGAACCGUUUUUGGGCAAUGGCUACAUGGACCAAACACGACUGGGAUUGGAUUUCGGUGUUGCUGAAUUCUGAGGAUGCUGCCAUCGACGAAUAUCGUUCGAUCGUUCACCCGACAGGUUGCCAUGUAUAUGGUACUAAAUAUGAGCUUCGAGAGGCCGCCCGCAUACUAAAGAUCAAUCACCGCGACCUCGAGUUCGAAGUCCAUACCUACGCAGCUCGCCGUCAUUUUCGAGAUCUGGGAAUCCAUGACUAUGCCGAAAGUGGAGAAUUUGACCUAGCCGCUAAAAUUCUCGCCGCUCUACGUCACAAAGUCAUUUCCUACGAGUUCAUCUCCGCUGAAAAUCGCCGCCGCCUGAGAGUGGCCAUCGAGGCCUUCCAGAACGAAUGGUUCGAACGAAUUUCUUACUCUCCAUACGACCAAUAUCGUCGCUUGCCAGUGUACACCCUGACGGAGAAAGCCAAGGGCAGAGUCGAGAAGAAAUUGGACAAGCUGCAGGAAUUGGAAGAGGAAGAAGAGGAAUCGGAGCCGUCCCAAUCCUAUGUGAAAGCCUCCUAG